AUGAAGGAUUCUGAGUUGGUAAAAGACUUCAUUGACAGACUAAUGAAGGUAGUAAACCAAAUCAGAAUUCUUGGAGAGGAGCUGAGUGACAGAAGAGUGGUAGAAAAAGUGUUGGUCAGCUUACCAGAGAAGUUCGAAGCAAAUAUUUCAUCCUUGGAGGAGUCAAGAGACUUAAAUCAGAUUUCUUUGUCAGAGCUUGUUAAUGCUUUACAAGCAACUGAACAAAGAAGAUCUAUAAGACAAGAAGAGGCUUUAGAAAGUGCUUUUCUAGCACUACAAAAAGGCAAGUCUCCAGCAAACAAUAACCAAAGGAAGCAGCAAGAUGGAGGAAGUAAUGACAAAGGACGAGAUGGUGUUGGCCUAAUGUUCAAUGUAGAGCGUGCAAACAACUUGGACAUGUUGAAAAAGUUUGUAAAAACAAAGGAGAACCGAUAUAACAAGCACACCAAGUGCAAGUUGCUGAUGAAGCAUGGCAAAUGCUUAGACAGAAGCUUUGUUUCCCAAGUCCAAAUUGGAAAUGGAGACUUUAUUCAAGUUCAAGGCAAAGAAGAUGUGGCUGUGAAAACUUCAACAGGCAAAAAGGAAAUUGAAGUGAAGUGGGUCUUUAGGGCUAAGCUCAAUGCAGAUGGUACUAUAAACAAGCAUAAAGCAAGAUUGGUAGAAAAGAAUUAUGUGCAGCAAUCAGGUAUUAAUUGUGGAGAUACGUUUGCACCAGUUGCAAGGCAUGAGACAAUCAAAUUUCUACUAGCUCUUGCUGCUAAAGAAGGUUGGAAAGUUUACCAGUUAGAUCUGAAAUCCCCAUUUCUAAAUGGUUACUUGCAAGAAGAAAUGUAUGUUGAACAACUUGAAAGCUUUGUUGUUCAAGGAAAAGAAGACAAAGUUUAUAAGCUGAAAGAAAUGGUGAAGUGA